CGCCGCGCCGCAGUUUCCCGGAUGUAGUAUUCCCCCAUUCAACAUGGCGUCGGGAAAGUGAGACUUCGCCUGAUGUUCCAGUUUGUCCGAAGUUAGUCCGCAGCCUGCUGCUCGGAACACGGGGAGCUCUGCGCUCGGAACACGGGGAGCUCUGCGCUCUGAACACGGGGAGCUCUGCGCUCACACCGCGGCGGCAGCAAGGAAAAGUUUCCCCGGGACUUUGUGGAUUCCUCUGCAGGCUUUACGUUGAAUGUGUUCAGAUUCAGGACGCAAAAGAAGUGAACAACAACAAACACAGUUGAAGGUCUGGAUGUUUGUCGAGAGUCCAGAGAGAGACCGAGUGUGUGAAGGGGGAGGCGAGGUGCAGAGCCAACACAGGGCUAGAUUCAGCUAAAGGCUAACACCCAAACAACCAGAUCUGCAGAGAAAACACGGCAGUGGAGGCCUGCAUGUGAAACCCCCUGACUCCACCUCACACCAGAGGAGUGAUGGAGGAAAAGGUCUGAUGCUAGGCUGCAGCUGCCUCAGCUGCCAUCAUGUUCACCAAAAAGAAGAAGUCUCGUAUCCAGAUCUCCGCUCCAUCGAACUUUGAGCAUCGUGUACAUACAGACUUUGAUGCGCAAGAGCAGAAGUUUGUGGGGUUGCCACGGCAAUGGCAGUCACUCAUCGAAGACACGGCCAAAAGGCCCAAACCCUUCAUCGAUGUGACCGUCAUCACUACUGUAGAGCCACGCAAGACAAUUGUACGUGGCAGCAAACUCGGAGUGGACGGCUCUCUGACAUGGCUGUUGGAUGAGUUUGACACCAUGUCUGUGACUCGCUCCAAUUCCCUGCGUCGAGGCAGUCCACCCACUCAGCCUCGCAAGGGCUCUACUUCUUCAGGAGGAGGAGGACAGGAGAACGGAGAUCCUCACCACAGACACUACGCGCACCCAGACAGACAAGACAGGGAUAGACCCAGACCAGACUACCAGAUUGGAGGUGACCCCCGCCAGGGUCAGCGUGCAGUCCGCCCUCCACAGUGGGAGGAAGGAGGCCAGGGUCGGCCCCAGCAACAGCCCAGGGGCCAGGGUCGGCCCCAGCAACAGCCCAGGGGCCAGGAGCCCAGCAGGGCUCACAGGGAAAGACCAGGCUCUGGCCCUCCCCCUCCCCCUCACAGAGACAGAGAGCCUCGGGACCGGGACCAGGAGCAGGUGCUUCACAGGGAUCAACCCACUGACCACAGGCCAAAGUCUAGCUACGUGGUGCGGGAUGGCAGCCCUCAGUCUCCCAGAGAUAAGAGGCCUCUCUCUGGGCCCAACAUCCGCACUCCAAACCUUCCAGUAACGGACGGGGUGAUGAAGACAGCCCAACAGAACACACGACCAUUUAAUACAUAUCCAAGGACAGACAGCGAGGGCGGACGCAGUCCCACAGGACAGCCGGUUCGUCACCAUGAAUCCUCCCCUCAGAAUGGCCCCUCUAGCGGCUCUGGCAGAGGAUCCUCGAGCUCGAAGCCCCCUGUAAGCCACCCACACCCUCAUCACACUUCCCAUCCAAGCCUGACCCCCGAGGCCUCCCAGCAUCCACAAACGCCUCACCCCAGCGUUCCAGCCCCACGGCCCCCUGUGCCUUCUGGGCCUCCAGUGUCAGGUGCUCCGCCUCAGGGCCGCUCACCACAGAGGGAGCCCCAGAGGGUGUCCCAUGAGCAGUUCAGAGCGGCGCUACAGAUGGUAGUGGACCCUGGCGAUCCACGGACCUACCUUGACCACUACAUUAAGAUAGGGGAAGGAUCCACGGGGAUCGUGUGUAUCGCCACAGUGAAGACCACAGGGAAACUGGUCGCUGUGAAGAAGAUGGACUUAAGGAAACAGCAGCGCAGAGAACUCCUCUUCAACGAAGUUGUAAUCAUGCGGGACUAUCACCACGAGAACGUGGUGGAGAUGUACAACAGCUACCUGGUGGGAGACGAGCUCUGGGUCGUCAUGGAGUUCCUGGAGGGAGGAGCUCUCACUGACAUUGUGACGCACACCAGGAUGAACGAGGAGCAGAUUGCUACAGUGUGUCUGUCUGUCCUGAAGGCGCUGUCUGUCCUCCACACACAGGGUGUGAUCCACAGAGACAUCAAGAGUGACUCCAUCCUCCUCACUCACGAUGGCCGGAUCAAGCUGUCAGACUUCGGGUUCUGCGCCCAGGUUUCUAAGGAAGUGCAAAGAAGGAAGUCUCUGGUUGGAACUCCGUACUGGAUGGCACCAGAGCUCAUAUCCAGGCUGCCUUAUGGACCAGAGGUUGAUAUCUGGUCACUGGGUAUCAUGGUCAUAGAGAUGGUGGACGGGGAGCCGCCGUACUUCAACGAGCCGCCGCUCAAAGCCAUGAAGAUGAUUCGAGACAACCUUCCUCCCAAACUGAAGAACCUGCACAAGGUCUCCCCUCUGCUCAAAGGCUUCCUGGAUAGGAUGUUAGUGCGAGACCCGGCUCAGAGGGCCACGGCCAGCGAGAUCCUCAAACACCCCUUCCUGACGAAGGCCGGUCCGCCAUCAUGCAUCGUCCCUCUGAUGAGGCAGAACAGGAUGAGAUGAGGCAUGUGACACUAACCCUCCAGACACUGGAGGGCAGCGUGUGCAGGUUCAGAUGGAAUAGAAUACUCCUGCACACAGAGGAGAGGCCACAGAGGUCAGAGGUCACACACGAGAGUCUGCGAUUUGGGUAAAACUCUCAGAGAAGUGCUGUGAGCUGCAACGUGCAAACUGGGUGUGCAGGAGUAUUCUAUUUUUCUUGUGUGAAUCACUGAACUGUGGGGAGUAUAUUCCCUUAACAAGAGGCAAUAAGGUGUGUGUGUGUGUGUGUGUGUGUGUGUGUGUGUGUGUGUGUGUGUGUGUGUGUGUGUGUAGACAUGACUGUGUUUCAUGGCUCGUACAUGUGUGAGUGCUCUCUUGGAGAGAGAAGAGCAGAGAAGCCACAACUUGCCCGUCGAGUGAUUUUUAGCUGAGUUCAUGUUUUAGUUUUAUCUGAAGGGCCUGACGUGGGAAGUUUAAGGACUGUGGCUCUUUUUUAUUUUUCCAUUUGGACCGUACCUGGAUUUUUAAGUGUGAAAGUGUGAAGGUGAAGGUGUUUCGCACACCAGCCGGAUGCUUUGAAGGAGCCCGUUGGCUGAUUUUAGAGACAGGCAGAGCAACGUUUUAAUCUCACAAUUCAGCAGUCUGGAAGCCGAGACCUCUCUCACGGAUGGAUCCAGACUCGGACACAAUCCUCACCACGCCCAGAACUUACUACUGAGGGAGAAUAUCUUUUGACUCAGAAAUGAGUCAGAUGGACUUUAUUUUGUAGCCAUAAAAAUACUAGCUUCCUGUUGUAAACAAGCAAACAUACACUAAGUCAAAAGGUAAACACUGGAGUUGUGUUUUUUUUAAUAGAUGAACUUUCACUUAUUCCUCCUUAUUUUCCUGUGUAAGUACAAUGAACAUAGAGAGAUAUAUCAGUUUUGAUGAUUUACUAUCUCUUAUUUUGUGAUUGUUUUUAUUAUUAUGAUUUGUUUCCUGGUUUAUUUUAGAGAGAUGUGAUGAUUUUUGAAGCACUGUCGACGAGAGAUAGAAGCUGCACUCCCGGUUGAUUCCAGCACGCAAAUAAUAGACACUAGACAUUUUAUUUUGUUGUUUAUGAGACCUGACCCGAUAGGACCGUAAACCUCAGUGGUCACGAUGUCACUCAGACCAGCAGGAAAGGUUUUACAGGAACACAUGGACUGACUGGGUAUAAAAUCCUGAUAAAACACUCAUUUUAGAAGAGAAGGCUGGUCCACACCUUCAUUCUGUACCGUAGUUUACAGUUUUAGCAGAUAGCCGGAGGUAGAAAAGGAACAUGAGCUGCUUCUUAGGUAAUCAGCGAGUUGUUUUUAGUCUGUGGUGCAUGUCAGCUUCCUUUUAACGUCAUCACUUCACUUCAGCAAACUCACCCCAGUCUUCUGAUUAAAUCAAUUAACGUUUGAUUGCAGGGUUAAUGCAUCCGGCAGGCCGCUACUGAGUUCACCUCAUAGUGUGAGUGCUGGGAAGGAGCAAACAGUAAGCUUAUUUAUAAAUGAUAAAGAAAAACUCUUACACUACUCAGCAUGACACAGAACGGAGUGUAACAGAUCAGCAAGAACGGUGGCUUUGUUUCCAGUUAUAUCUCCAGUGAACAGUGUUGGUAAUGCUCCUAAUGUGUGUGUUAUUAUUUUAGUGUUUGCAUUUCAGAUGGCAUGCAUGUGUGUUCUGUGAAAGUGGACCAUUAGGCAGAUGACAGGAAGAUAACAGAAGUACUUAGAAGGAGGAAACUCUUUCAUGUAAAUCCACCCUAAACACUAGUGAGUAACAGCUGCUAAUGAUACACACACACACACACACACACACCCAAGCUAAAAAUAAAAUAUCAGACCUGUGUCAAACUGGUCCGGCUGCACUGAUGGAGCACGAAGGCUUCAGUUAGUUUCAUGACUAAUAGCAAAUACUCAGAGGUCAAAGCCUGAGUGGUGGAGGUCAUUUGUUUGGAGAACAGGGUGCAUGAAGUUUUUUCACAAUAAAUUCACUUUCUACACUCAUCUGGUUGUUCCCUGUGCCAAACAACACCCAAAGACCGCCUCAGCCUCAGCCGGCUGAAUGAAACCAUGGCGAAUUAAUUACAGUUCACUUUGGCCCGGGUCUUAUUAUUAUCCACCCACUUCUGCCCUGAUGUUCCUCAGGCAGGAAUAGGAGGCGUCUUCAUCAGCAGACAUCUGUAGUUUCAUACGGUACCUCGUAGCAGUGCACAGUCAUUUAUAGAGAGGAUGAAACUAAAGAUAAGGCUGUUAGAAAUUCAUUCCUCUCAAGGCGAUGCGACACAGAGAUGCACAUAAACAAAGCCUGCAGACACAUUCCCCCUCUGUGCCAAGGCUGCUGUUUCCAUUCUUUCUACGUCUUCCAGUUCAGCUGCUGCUCUUCUUUUCAGACAAGACCUCCGUCAAGGUGCCGAUUCUGAUGCUUCCCACUAAUCUGAUGCUCCCUGGAUAUGAACGUUUUGCUGUCUGAAUACUCACUACAGAGUUAUUUAGUUGGUGUAGCACACUUGCUGUUUCUUGUUGCACAUAGAACAUUGUCUACACGGUAUAUAUACUGUAUAUGUAUGUAUACUAGAGCUGCAACGAUUAGUCAAUCGAUUAGCUGUAAACUGUUAAUCUGGAACUGUUCAGAUAAUCAAUAAAUCUCUUUGUUUAAAUUGUCCAAAUUCUGAUUUCAGCUCCUCGGCUGUGAAUAUUUUCUGUUUUCUGCCGUCGAGGACAAAAUAAAACAUUUGAGGACGUCACUUUGGACAUUUUUCACCAAUCUGACAUUUUAUGGAUCAAACAACUAAUCGAUGAAUCAAUAAUGACAAUAAUAAUUAGUUACAGCUCUGAUAUAUACUGCCACAAAUCCUUUACUGUUCUUCAUGUAGCAGCACAGCGCAGGAUGCAGACUGAAGUGAUAAUUCAGUUUAGUCACAGUUUAUUAAUAAUGUGUAGCUACACUUCUUUGAACAGAUAAGAUCACUAACUACUAAGUGAAAGCAGCAAUGGCCUUCAGCUGCGUUCGUCUCUGACUCCAGAACUUUCAGCUGUGUCAGUUUUUGUUUUUGUGGUCAGAAGUGGGACGCCAAUAACGACUCAGAGACAAACAUGACGGCUGAUCUGAAAUGAGCUGUGACAUUUUAAGAUGAGACUGAUAAGUCCAGUAAGUAAGUAUAAGUUCAGUUUAGGAUUUAAAGUGAGGACCGGCCUCCUGCUAAGUGCUGGUACAUUUCAUCAGGUGUGUUUCUUGCUGUACUUUCUGAGAGGCCCUCGUGGCUCAUGGCUUUGUCAGUGUUAGGGCCACCAAGAUUUUGAGAAUUAAGUAGUAAUGUGAGAAAAAAAAAGUUGUAAUACUUUGAUGAAAGCGUAAUAAUUUUAUUCUA